GAGCAGGCGUGUGGGACUUCUGCGGCGGCCGCGGCUGGUGCAGGAUGGCGGUGCUCACCGUACCUCUGUCUCUGCUUCCUCAGUGUUGUCAUUUUGAGCAUCACACUCAGGACAUUGGAGUUAUUGACCUUCAAAGAUGUAGCUGUAGACUUCACCCAGGAAGAGUGGGCCCUGCUAGACCUAGCCCAGAGAAAUCUGUUCAGAGAAGUGAUGCUGGAGAAUAUCAAUCAUCUGGUCUCAGUGGGAUGUCAGGUCUUCAAAUCAGAUGUGAUUUUCCACUUGGUGCAUGGAGAGGAAGUGUGGAGAGAAGCAAUAAGAUUUCUUCAAAAUCAGAGUCAAGUCAGGAAAAGCAUCUUUAAAAAAGAAGAAAUUCUAUUUACACAAUCUACCUGCAGGAAAAACACUUCUAACAUCAUGUCAUUGCAGAUAUCUCACACUGAGAAGAAUUCUAUGAAAUGUAAUUAUUUGCAAGAAGAUACCACUCACACAUCCACAGUUAGUCAACAAUCAUUAAUUCAAAUGAAAAGGAAACCAUAUUUUCCCAAACCACUUGAGAAAGUCUUCAGUGAGCAGUCAUCUUUUAAUCACAUUAGAAGUAAAUCACAUGAAUGUCAUCUAUGUGGGAAAGCCUUCAGUCAAUCUGCUCAGCUUCACGAACAUGAGAGAAGUCACAAAGGAGAGAAACCUCAUGAAUGUCACCUAUGUGGGAAAGCCUUCAGUCGCUCCUAUUCUCUUAAAAUACAUGAGAAAUCUCACACUGGAGAGAAACCCCAUGAAUGUCAUGUAUGUGGGAAAGUCUUCAGUCUUUCCUCUUCCCUUAAAAGACAUGAGAUGUCACACACUGGUGAGAAACCCCAUGAAUGUAAUGUAUGUGGGAAAGCUUUCAGUGUUUUCUCUUACCUUAAAAUACAUCAGGUAUCACACACUGGAGAGAAACCUCAUGCAUGUCACCUAUGUGGGAAAGCCUUCAGUCAUUACUCUUCCCUUAAAAAACAUGAGAGCUCUCACACAGGAGAGAAACCCCAUAAAUGCCAUCUAUGUGGUAAAGCCUUCAGUCAAUCUGCUAGUCUUCGCCAACAUGUGAGAACUCACACAGAGAAACAGCAUAAAUGCCAUCUAUGUGGGAAAGCCUUCAGUCAAUCUGCUCUUCUUUGUGAACAUGAGAGAUACCACACAGGAGAGAAACCUCAUGAAUGUCAUAUAUGUGGGAAAGCCUUCAGCUGUUCUGAUUACCUUAAACAACACCAGAAAAGGCACACUGGAGAGAAACCCCAUAAAUGUCACCUGUGUGGGAAAGCCUUCAGUCAAUCUGCUCAUCUUCACCAACAUGAGAGGACUCACACAGGAGAGAAACCACAUCAGUGUCAUCUAUGUGGGAAAGUCUUUGGUCGGUUUGCUCACCUUCACAAACAUGAGAGAACUCACAGGAGAGAAACCCCAUAAAUGUCUUCUCUAUGGAAAAAUUUCAUUCACUGCUCUGCCCUUAAACAUAAGAGAACUCACACUGGAUAGAAACUCUGAGUGCCAUCCAUGUGGCCAAGCCUUCAGUCAUUGCUCUUCCCUUAAAUGACAUGAGAGAACUCACACAUGCAGAGAAAACCUAUAUAUGUCAUCUAUGUGGAAAGCAUUCACUCAUAGUUAUGCCCUCAGUAAUGUGAAAGAAUGUGCAGUGGACAGAAGCCAUAAGUAAACCAUCUAUAUUGGAAAACUUAAUGUUUCUAACUUUAGACAACAUGAAAUUGUUCACACUUUAGAAAAACCCAAUGAAUGUCAUCAUUGUAGUAAGCCUUAAGUCAGUAUUCUGACUUUAAAUGGAAUGAAAGUA